CAGCAUAAAUCUUACCAGAAGAGCCUGAAGGAAGUCCAUCUUCCAUCGGCAUUGGUUCAGUCAGGAUUCGACCAUGAUAUUGCGGACGACGAAUCUCACUUCUACGAGGCUCUCAAUCAUUGGAAGCAGCUGAACCUUUCCCCAGCAUUCGUCGAAUUUGCGGGUCAGGCUGACGGACUAUCCGCAUCAUUACCAUUACUCCUCCACCAUUCGAAAGACAUCUCUGCACUAUGGCUCUCUGCACUUGACAGGGCAGACGAUGAGGCAUUACGAGCACUACUUGAUCUCAUGCAAAAGCUUGCACAUGACUUGCGUUCUGUCCUUGCACCUUCUUACUUUGACAUUCUCCAAAAACUUCUUCAUCUCCUUUCCCGGUCGCUUUCCCCUGAAGCCCUGACUGCUCUGCUUGCAACACUAUCCGCAUUGUUCAAGUACAUCCUCAUUCCUUCCGCUAACGAAGAGAUGCUUGAAAAAACAUGGAAAAUAACUCAACCAACGUUGCGGGGGUGUAAUCCCGAAGCUGGAAGAGCUGUCGCGGAGGUGUGGGGCUCGCUGCUGAGGCGGCUGAAGACAGACUUCAGGGGAAAGGCAGUGAAGUUGAUGAUGUUGGAUUCGGAUGGCGUAGAAGACUUAUGUGCAUGGGCCGUUGUGUAUGCGUGCAAGUCUGUAUCCCAGACCCUACAUACAGCUUCGUCCUCAAUCAUCUCUCCUCUAAUCGCCUCUUUCCUCCAAGCUGAAGACCGCACCAAGACAUAUACAUGUAUUCGCCGCGUUUUGACUGCUCUCAUUCAUCAUUGUAAAAAUGCCGACGAGUUCUGCGCCAUUGCAGACGUCCUUCUUCGAUGCUUCACAGAGGCAGUCGAGUCCACGGACUCAGAGCGCCUGGGUGGAAUCAUGGACGUUGUCUCUAUUGCCUGUUCUAUCCGUCAAGGGUCUCGAUUGUCAGCAAAACAUCUAUCCGCUAUUGUCUUGGCGUCUCUGUCCAUUCCAAUAUCCGUUCACAGUUCUCAUCUCUCGUUCGCCACAUCUGUGCUCACCGCAGGCGACAUGUCUUUGUGGAUCGGCCCGGGUCGCAAGCUCGUCGAACUUUCUUGGUUAGACGCCUUGUUUGGAAUAAAACUUUGCGGCGCACUAUCAGACUUGGGAUGGAAGGGUUGGAAGCUUGUUGAGCUCCCUCAUGUAACAAAACAAACUCUGCAACUACUUGAGGGUCGGUCUUUGGACAUCCUCGAGCUCCUUGCUACAUUGCACCAAGCGAAGAGACUCGACGAUGCGGAUGAAGUUUGGAUUCGACAGGUUCAGACCUGGGCGACGAGCCGUUUCAAGACAGAAAGAUCGCUACGAGUUGAGGAAUUGCAACAUAUCUUGACAAUGUCUGGUAUCAUGCCAUCGAUUUCAAAGCUUCUCAUCAAGCUGAUCAAUACCACGCUCGACAUCCCCGAUGACGUGCAGAAGGAUUACCGAGCUUCACCUGCAAACAAGACGUGGGUUCUUGCAUCCUGCAUGAAGGCACUUGCAGAGCAGGAUACGAAGACAUGGGUUGGCAUCGAUUUACAUGCUUGGACACAAGCAGUUAUUAGUAGAUGGUAUUGGUCAGAACAUGUUCUGGGCGCCUUGGUAAGCCUCAUUGAAGCAAGGUACGACGAAUUGUCCUCUCUCAUCUCCUUAUGCUAACAUGAUCGCAGCCCCGCUCACUUCAAGGCGAUCCCGAUUCAGGAGGUCUACCCUCGUCUGCGAAGCUCCGUUUUCUCACAUUCGCGCCACUUGAGACAAAAUGUUCUUCGUCUCUUGGAUUCCUCCGCUAUCAGUAUGUCACUCGCAGAGCAAGCAAUUGUUUCGAAGAUACGGGAGGCGGAAGAUGUUUCGCUGGACGUUCAGGGCGUACGGGAACGUAGUUUGCGGAUAGUGAAACUCGAGCAAGCUGUCGCGCACGGUGUUGGUCUGGAAUCCGAUCUUGCGAUUCGCUGGAUCCUGGC